AUGGCGCAUCGCACCAAUCCGUCGCAGUCGGAUGCGACUCUACAACAACACAUUCGCAGCGCCUCCGAGGCCUCGCAAGAACACCGCAGGAAUCAGGAACGCCUGAUGGAGACGAUUCACUCCCACACCAACGGCAAGGACCUGCCGCUCCGGACCAUGUACAUUCUUAACUGCGCCUCGCGCGGCCAGGCGACGUCGCAGCCCAAGCCCGCCGACCGCGCCCACGAGCAAAACUUUACCAGCAUUCUUCAGCAGGAAAUGUCCCAGUUGCCACUCCAAAGAACGUCGCUGCCGCUCGUCUUCGUCCGCAAGUUUGUGCGCGACACCUUCUGCCAAGACCAGCUCAGCCGCGUCAACUUUUCGCAAGCCCUCACUGCACUUGAUUACUUCAAGGAUUUGGAGAUGCGGAGGAUCAACACGGUUCAGGAGAUGUGGCACAGACUGGGCGUUGACGUGCGCGCCACCCCAGGGGGCAGUCUCGGCGAGCUGGCCCACCUUAUUGACCUCAAGGAGCGCUACCUGACCGAGAUGUAUGCUUGGCUGUACGUCUAUCUUCGCCAGUGGAUUCUCAUCCACGAGAUCAAGAUGCAACCCUUUGACAAGCACAACUGUCUUGCCAUGCUCAACACCCUGUGGCCGCCCAUCCCCACGUCAAUCCCCGAGGGAAUCCCGCCCGCGGUGGUCCAGUCGCAGCGCAAGGACUUUUUCAAGGCAAUCAAUUCCAUUCCUGGCCGGGGCACGGUUGAGCUCCAGCGCCUCAUCACCCAGGAUGCAAAGGAGGGUGAGCCCGAUGGCUGGCCGGAGACUGCUCGCAUGAUGGACAUCUACAUCGAGAAGGUCGACGAAAUCAUCGAGUUUAGCGAGAAGAUGCGGAACACCGCCGACGUCGACCUCCACGUUGCUCCUCCCUCUGCUUCGCUCAACGGCUACGCCAUCAACAGGGAGCCCGUCUUGGCGCCUCUCUAUGACCUCAGCGCUCCUGACACAUGCAAGGAAGAGUACACGGUAUCGCGCAAGGGCCGCAAGGUCGAUUCGGGUAUUAGCUUCGGCUCUGCAUUCAGCAAGCGUCCCUCGACCAGUGGCAGCACCAGCUCGGCUGGCAGCGUGACGAGGCAGGAUUCCACGACUCCGGAAGUCGUCGAGAACAAGCGCAACAGCCAGAGCAAGAUGGGCCGGGUCCUCAACAAGCUCCACCGCAAGAAGACGACGCCUGACCUCAAGCUGCCCGACGAGCCGGAGCAACAACCCGAGGAGAAGAGGGGGUCGCUUCGCAAGAUGCGCUCUUUCGGCGCCCUUGCCUCCGACUUCAAGCACAGAAGCUCGAGCCGGUCGGGUAUGGGCUCGCGCCAGGGCAGUGCCUGCGAACCCUUCGACGCUGAGGAGAUGAAGCGUCAUCGCAUGGCUUACGAGGCCAAGACGGGCAAAUUCCUCACCGUGAGCGAGCCCUUCUAA